CAUGUUUGAUGCUCUGUACUCCUUGGCAGUGUUCUCUUCUCACUGUGUUUGUCCCCAUGGUUCAUUCAACCACUCUUAUGAUGAACAGGGGCAACUAAAGCUCACCUUGAUCAGUACCCUUAAAAGCAUCCUGUUUGGUGAGAUUUCAGUCAUGAUUCAUGAACAUGGACUCUACUUGAACCUGAAAGAUCGGAGUAUCAGUUUCUGUAUGUGGAGAUGGCACAAAAUUGCAGGCAGUUUACUGAGCUGAGAUGACUUAGCCUAGCUUAGCAGAUUCAGAGAGUUCAGUCUCUUAGCUCUAUUCUGAUAAAGCGUAAAAAUAUGAACGAAGCAACGGAAAAAUAAUUUAUGGAUAAAACUUUUAUAUCCGGAUUAUUUAUGAUUUUAAAAGCCAAUGUUAAAAGUAGACCACUAAAAAGGACCCCCAAAAUUAACUAUACAAUUAUUAAGUUUCGAAAUUCAAGAGGUUUUUCAGACUUUUGAGCUGUGGUAGACGGUAGACAGCAAAGCUGGGUCAGGUACAGUAUUGUACUGUACUGAUGAUCAGGUUGUGAUCUCCAACUCCAGCAGCUAGAGAGACAAGAAGACGACAGAAAAGUACACGAGCUCAACUCCAUUUGCAGCAGCAGCAGCAGCAGAAGCACAGCUCACCACCUGUCUUUUUCCGAUCCAAUCGCCGCUAUAAAUUCAGCAGCCAAUGCUGCCCGCCAUGUGCAGCAGAACUCACUCACAGUCUCAGUCUCAGUCUCACUGCUUCAGCUCAGCUCUCCUCUCGUAGCUCGACGAGCUAGCUAGCCCAGCUACGACAAUCAUGGGGGACGCGGCGGCGGGCGGGAGGAAGGCGGCGGCGUCCGGCGGCGGCGCGCGGCUGCACGUGGCGAUGCUGGCGCUGCAGCUCGGGUACGCCGGGUUCCACGUGGUGUCGCGGCUGGCGCUGGACAUGGGCGUCAGCAAGCUCGUCUUCCCCGUCUACCGCAACCUCAUCGCCCUCUUCCUCCUCGCCCCCUUCGCCUACUUCCUCGAGAAGAAGGAGAGGCCGGCCAUGACGGCGAGCUUGGCGGUGCAGUUCUUCUUCCUGGCGCUGUGCGGGAUCACCGCCAACCAGGGCUUCUACCUGCUGGGGCUCGAGAACACCUCGCCGACGUUCGCCUCCGCCAUCCAGAACUCCGUCCCGGCCAUCACCUUCGCCAUGGCCGCCGCGCUCCGCAUCGAGCGCGUCCGCCUCUCCUCCCGCGACGGCCUCGCCAAGGUCGCCGGCACGCUGCUCUGCGUCGCCGGCGCCUCCGUCAUCACGCUCUUCAAGGGCCCCGCCAUCUUCAACACCCACCACAACCACCAGCCGCAACCGCAACAGCUCGCCGUCGCCGUCGCCGCCGGCAACAAGAGCUGGACGCUGGGGUGCGUGUUCCUGCUGGGGCACUGCGUGUCGUGGUCGGGGUGGCUGGUGCUGCAGGCGCCGGUGCUGAAGCGCUACCCGGCGAGGCUGUCGGUGACGUCAUACACCUGCUUCUUCGGCCUCAUCCAGUUCCUCGCCAUCGCCGCGUUCCUGGAGCGCGACGCCGCCGCCUGGGCCGUCCGCUCCGGCUCCGAGCUCUUCACCAUCCUCUACGCCGGAUUCGUCGCCUCGGGCGUCGCCUUCGCCGUGCAGACGUGGUGCAUCCACCGCGGCGGCCCCGUGUUCGUGGCCGUCUACCAGCCCGUGCAAACCCUCCUCGUCGCCGUCAUGGCUUCCCUCCUCCUCGGCGAGCAAUUCCACCUCGGAGGGAUCAUUGGGGCGGUGCUGAUAGUGGCAGGGCUGUACCUGGUGCUGUGGGGGAAGAGCCAGGAGAGAGCCAUUGCUGCUGCAAAAGAAGCUUCUGCUGCUGCCGCCAUUGCUGACCACCAGCAGCAACCAGCUUCUGCUGCUGCUGCUGAUUCUUGCCUGAAGCAACCACUCCUGCCGGCGUCGACGGUGGCCUCAGAGAAUGUGUGACCGACCAACCAUUUUUUUUUUUUUGUUGAUGCAGAUGCAUGCUGGCACUACAUGUGGUUAGGCUAAUUAUGUAUGAUUCAUUAAUCAAUUAAAUCAACUUAAUUUCCCUGUUCAAGUA